CAGUUUCCAGCUGAUGUUUCCGAACAAUCACAGCGUUCACAGUUUUGUUGUGUGUGAACCCGACUGCACUCUUGUGUUUGAGUGCAUUGUGCAUUCCCAGUACAAAAAGUGUUUUUACAACCGAAAAAAUGAAAAGAAAGAGGAAGAACCAGUGCCCGUCACCACUACUGGACGAUAGUCCAAAAAGAACAAAAGUGCAUGCUCAGAGAAAGUUUGCACAAGGUUCAAAUGUGAACAGUCCAGUGAUCACUCCAAUAAAGGAACUAGAGUCCGAAAUUCCCCACAUCGAUGUAAUGCCUGAGCCAGUGGAACUGCUACCCAUGAAACGACAAGACACAGAGGAUUUUUUAACCUUCUUAUGUUUCCGUGGUACCCCUGUCUUACCGCCAGGCUUGAAUUUUUUCAAUACAGCCUCUAUAGUUGAUACAAAUGGCCAAGUACACGAAAUUAAAAGUGAGGGCCCCAAAAAUGGUCCUAUUGAUAUUGCAAAAUGCUCCACUUCAGAAAAGCCUUUUAUUGCUUUUGGAGUUCGCAAGAGAGCUGAUCCUAUAAUUAUUAGCAAACAGAUGGAUAGAAAAAGAAGGCAUGCUUUGGCCUUACAAGCCUUGCGUAGAAAAUACCAGGAACAAAAAAUGGCAAAGAUUAGAGCUCUGACUAUCUCAAAGUUAUCAGAAAAAUUUACAAACAGGACUGUAGUAAAGACAAAUACUGUUUCCAAAACUGAAACAAUCACCAAAAAGACAAACUCCUUUCAAAAAACCAAAGUAAUGGCUACGAAACAUGUUAAAGUCACUACACAAACUUUAAAAACUACCUUGAGACCCAAGUUGAAGCAUAGUUUGAAGCAAAAUAUGUGCUUAAGAAGUUUCAGAGGUAGAUUUGUUCAUAAAGAAUUGCCAUUUAGGAAAACAGUGCAUUCUGAUGUAAGAACAGGGGUAAAGAGGCCAUUAAACAGACUGGUUGUUAAAAGUAAUAAAAGGGUACCUGACCAUAAUGUUAAAGUAUCAACUUCCACAAAAUCUAUCUCUAAUCCAAAAGUCGUGAAGAAAACAACUGGUCAAAAUUCAUCAGAAAAACCCGAAGUGAUAAGCCCUUGUGUGAAAAGAUCUGACAUGAGUGCCAGAAGAAAGCAGUUGAAAAAACGAAUGUUGAUGGCAAACCCCACAACAUUAGUCAAAACAAGGUCUCUUAGACUUACUACAGUAAAUAAAACUAUUUUAUCCCAAAGAAAGGACACUUCUGUAAAGCAUCUGAAUCCUAAACUAGUCAAAAAUGACAAGGCAUCCACAUCUACUAAAACUAAACCUAGUCCAGUAGGAAACGAGAAAAAACCUGUACCAAAUGAAGAGAACAAAAUGGAGAAUAAAAUUGUAACAAGAAGAUCAAGUAUAGAGCCCAGAAAGAAGACCAGACAAUCACUGAGAAGGCUAGUCAGUCAUCGGAUAGAAGUGAGAAGAGAAAUGUCAAAAACAGCUAAUAUUAACAAGGUAUUAGAAAGAAAAAAACGUCUGAUGAAUCGUAAUCUCAAUAUAAAAAAACAAGCUAAAACUAUCGAGAAUAAAAAAAUUAUCAAAACCCCAGAUACUAAAAAAGAUGUCAGUAAAACAGCAGAUGUUAAAAAGGAGGAAACAAAGUUUGUAGACAUAAAGAAAGAAGAUAAGUCAGUAGAUGUCAAAAAAGAGGCUGGAAAGUUGGCUGAUGUGAAGAAGGAAGUUACCAGAACUUCCAAAAGAGAUAUUAGCAAAGUUUUUGAUAUAAAGAAGGAAACAAACAUAUCAGGAUCUGCUAAGAAAGGAAUAAGCAAGACAGUGGACAUAAAGACGAAUGUAACUAAAAAGGUCAAUAUUAAAAAAGUUUUCAAUAAAUCUUCAGACAUGAAAAAAGAUGGAAGUAAAAUCGUGAAUAUAAAAAAAGAAAUGUCAGAUGUUAAGAAAGAAGGUAGUAAGUUACCAGUGCCCAAGAAGGCGGUAAAUAAACCAUCUGACAAAAAAGAUACUGUAAAGCCAGUAGUUGCUACAUCAGAAAUGAAAAAAGGAGUCAGCCAAACAGCAGGUUCUGAAACUGAGGUGAAUAAGUCCAAUGAAACAAAAACAGAUAUUUCUAAAGCAAAUGAAGUUAAAAGAGAAGUCAACACCAGAUCAUCUGAGGCUAAAAAAGAAGCUAAUAAGAUACCUGAUGUCAAAAAGGAGGAGACAAAGCCAGUUGACGGCAAGAAAGGGCUCAUUAAAGGGACUGAAGCUAAACAGAAAAUGCAAGCAAAAAAGGUAGUGGACAAGAAAAAAGAAGAUUCUGAAUUAGAAGAUUCCAAUAAGGCAAUCAUCAAAUCAUCAGAACUCAAAAAGGAAGGUGUUAAGUCACCAGAAAUCAAAAAGGAUGCUGCAAAACCAUCAAGUAGUAAAACAGGUAUUGCAUCGGUUACUGAUAAGGAAACCAAAGGUCCUACUGUAGCUAAAAAUGAAGCAAAGGAAUUACCUAGCCAAACUGUGAAAGGGGGCAAAAAUACAGAUAAAAAAUCAGAAGACACGCCAAAAAUAAAAGAUACAAUACCAGCUGUAGAUACUAAAGAAGAAAAAUCUGAAUUGAAGAAGGAAAUGGACAUUGAAGAAUUCAAAGAAAGACCAAAGUCGCCCGCCAAAAUCACAGUCGCCAAAAGAAAGGUUAAAAGAGAAGAUUCACCAAAGCUAACAAGGCGCUCUGCUAGAGACGAAAAAUCACCUGUUGCUAAUGCUAGACCCACCAGAAAGACAAAAGAAGCUGCUGCAAUUUACAUGGAGAUCCUCAGUCACAAAUUGGACAGUAAAGUGGACGAUGACAACGUUUCUAUUGACAGCUUUCCUGAGUUACCAAACGUCAAGAAAACUGAACAGAGGGAAAAUGAACUCAAAGCUAAGGCUAAGUCCUCCAAAGAUGACAUCAAAUCUAAGGAGAGUGGUGAUGAAAGUAAAGGAAAGAGGACGAGAAGUUUCAAAGAUUGGGCUCAAGAUGAAGAAGAAGAAUUAGUUGCAGCAAUCAGGAGACAGACUACAGAAACUAAACCAGGUUCUGAAGUGAUACAGUCACCGAAAGACGCAGGAGAUAGCCAAACUAAAGAAAUUGAUGACAAAGACAGGAAACAACCUGUUGAGAAGAAAAUUCCACAGAGCAACGACGAAAGUAAUCUGAGUUCAGAUAAAGUAAAAAUUAAUGAAAAUACAGAAAAAAAACGUAUUGAAAAAAAUAGUACUGUAUCAGAAGAAACAAAAAGUGUUGAUAAAAACAAGAAAAGUACUGAUGAAGAAAUGGAUAAGAAUCAAGGCACCGGGAAGAAACCUAAUUCAACUAAGACUAGUAAUCCAAAUACAGGAAUUGAAGCAGAAUUUGAUAAAAAUGAAGUCACUAAAGACACAAAGGAAGUUGAAGAUUCUGGUCGGAGGCAUACAAGGAAUUCGACUGUAUCACAAAUAAAUCAACACAGCGAUGACUCUGACGAGUCUUUUCACGUCAGUAUUAAAGUGCCUCGUAAAAGGAAAAUGACUAGGAGCAAGGGUCCCGUUAAACCUUCUGAAUCUGAAAACCCUAAAUCCAAAGCUAGUGAACCAUUAACAAAACUUCAAGAACCUGCUAAGAAACCACCGACUGAUCUUAGCGAUUCAGACCAGUCUACUACGUCAGACAUGAAUCUCAAAGUGAUCAUGAACAAAGUGAAGAACAAGAAAUUCUCGAAGACCAAAUCUAUGACAAAGACGGAAAAAUGUUUCAUAGAUUCAGAUGAAGAGCCUUUGUCCAAGUUGACAAACAAAAGCGGAGACGAUAGAUCUGAGACUGUCAAGGCUAGCGAUAGUAAAGCUUCAACGUCUAAAAAAGAAAAAAUAGAAGCGCAGAAAGAAGUACCGGCUGUUAAACCGAAGCGUGAAUGUGCUAAAAGACCUCAGAACUAUCUUCCGAUGCUUUCCUCGUCCGAUGAAGAUGAAAUUUUCCAUGGGUUUGACGAGAAGACUAAACAGAAGGUUCCUAACAAACCUUUGGAAGUCACUCUAGCGCAUGUUCCGCCUUUGUUGGAACUGUUCAGCAAAGAUUUGGAUAGAAGAUUCGGAAAAGAAAAGGUGAACAUGUCAAAUGCUCAGAUCGAAAAAUGGUUAAACGACUCUGCAUUGGCGGGUAACAGUAUCAAAAAAGAAAACGAUGAAAUGUUGAAGUUUGGCGAACGGAUUCCCACCGAAACGUCGUUCGAUAGUACGGACGCUGCAGAUAUUGAAAAACUCAAACACAACAUAUUAUCGACUCCUACUAAAUCUGCGGAGGCGACCAAGUUAGAUGUCUGCAAAGUUGUUGAUGACUCGACAAAGUCGGAGGUUGAGAAAACGCCAAAACAGAAUUCGUUGGAUAGAAAGCCCAUAUUUCGUAAAAGUAGAACGGAAAUUACACCAAACGUGAAUGCUUUUUCACCAGAAAACGAAAGUAGCGUAUAUGCGUUUGGUGAAGAUAACGAGGAAGUAGUCAGUACUCCAUUUCGACGACCUUCAAGAAGACCUUCCAGUACCGCCACAUCAAAAUCUGAAGACGAAUCUUCGAAACAAGACGAAUUGAAAAAAGGGCAGUUCCGGAGGCCGUUGUUGAAACAAGAACACACCAAAAGCAAAGAAGAACUAGAAAGCAGUGCAGAUGCUGAUGAUGCGUCUUACCAUUUCUAUAUUCCUCAGAAGCCUUGUAAAUCCUUCAGUAAAGCUCAAACGGGAGCUAUGAAAUCUAAGGUCAUUGAGAACAGGCCUUUGAAUAGGGUGGUCAAGGGUACAGAUAGAUUAUCUGCGGAACGUGAUGACUUCAAGUACAAGGUCCCAAGUUCUCCAAGUGCUAGCUCCUCAAGUAGUGCCAAGAUUUACAAGCGCCAAACUCCAAAGCAAAAAAUUAAAUCUCAAGAUGUGGUCUCUCCUGUGUACGUCUCGGAAUUUCCGAAACGAACGGACCCUGCGAAGCUGGUAGAAGCUCCAGUUUUCCAUCCUACAGAUCAGGAGUUCCAAGAUCCUUUAGAGUACUUGGAGAGAAUCAGGCAUAAGGCUGAACCGUUUGGAAUAUGCAAAAUAGUACCUCCUAGCAGUUUUAAGCCAGAGUGUAAAGUGUCAGAUGACAUGAGGUUCACUUCUUACAAUCAAUACGUGCACAAAAUGUUGCAUAGAUGGGGACCAAACUUCAAAGAGUUGAUGGCUAUCAAGAAAUAUUUGGAGACGCAAAAUAUCGGAUUUACUCACUCUCCAUGGAUCGGAGGUAUGGAAAUAGACUUGCCGAGGCUAUACCAAACAGUUCAGAAUCUAGGAGGGUUGAAAGAAGUUAUUGAAAAGAAAAAAUGGCCGAGGGUGUCAGAACUUAUGAAGAUACCAAAAUCCGCUCAGGAUCGUGUCACUAAACUUGAUGACAUUUACUGCAAGUAUCUUUUGCCAUACGACACAUUAUCACCGGCUGAAAGACAAAAAUUGUUCGACGAAGUGGAAGCGGAAUGGGCCAGACGACAAAAUAAGAGCCAAAAAAGCGUCCCGGAAAAAACAGGUGAAGGAGGAAGCGUCCCUGACGGUGACGAUUCCGAGCAGGAAUUCAACGAUAACGAGGCAGAGGAAUGCAUCACUAAAGGCAGAAAUAUGGCGCUGAAUGCUUUUUAUCGGAUCGCUAGGAAUACCAUGAGCAUGCACUUCAAGAAUGCCGAGCCUUCCGCACAAGAGGUAGAACAAGAGUAUUGGAAAUACGUGACUUUGAGACAGAACCACAUCUGCGUGCAUUCAGGCUCUAUAGACUCUGGCAGUUGGGGAUAUGGCUUUGCCGUUUCGAAAAAUAGCCCUUUCGCCAGGCACGCGUGGAACCUUAAAGUUCUCACGAAUAACUGCGGUUCCGUACUUCGGUCACUGGGACCUGUUAUGGGCGUUACUGUACCCACACUGCAUGUUGGAAUGGUGUUCAGCGCAUGCUGUUGGUACCGAGACCCCCACGGCCUGCCAUGGAUCGAGUACCUUCACACGGGAGGCAGCAAAAUAUGGUACGGCAUUCCGAACACCACCAGUGAUCAGUUUAGGGCCGCUUUGCAGAAAUUGGUGCCCAAUUGUUGUAGAGACAAAGAGCUGUGGUUGCCUAGCGAUACUGUGAUGAUACCUCCGAGCCUGUUGAUUGAAAAUGGAGUCUCGCUGUGUAGGGCUGUACAGGAACCGGGACAAUUCGUCGUGGUGUUUCCUAAAGUAUUCACCUCAAGUAUUAGUACUGGAUACGUAGUAUCGGAGAGUGUGUAUUUCGCGCCGCCUUAUUGGUUAAAAAGUGCCAGGAAUUUGUUUGACGUGUUGAGAAAUAGCUGCGAACCUUCUAUGUUCUCUUUAGAUAGACUCCUGAUCAACAUAGCAAACGAUACAAGAUCUAGCAUAGAUAUUUUGAGACAAGUGUUGCCUCACGUGCAAGAUCUGUGUAACAAGGAGACUGAGAAACGUACGAAGCUGAAGACUUUUGGUGAUUUGGAACGAGAAAGCAUGCCUUUGCCAGAUCCAAACAAUAGAAAAAAGAAAAAGAUGCGAGGGGAAGAGGGAGACUACGAAUGUGAAAUUUGUAGGGUGAAUUUAUUCACUUCAAUGGUGUUUGAUACACAUGUUAAUGUGAUAUACUGCCUAGACCAUGCAAUAGAAAUGUUAGAAAAGAAAAAAUCCAAGGUUUCGAAUUACAAAUUCAUGUUCACGUAUGACGAUGAAGAGAUACAGGGAUUACCUGAGAAGAUAAAGAGUGCCAUAGAGACGAAAGGCCAGAAAAAAAUUCCUAACAAGUUUAUGGGAAUGCCAACAUUACUGGGAAAACAAUAAGCCAAUGAUGGCCUUCAAUUAUGAUGCCGUCUCCAUAGAUUAAGCAAAUUUUUUGAUGAUAGAAUUUGAUGUUUUCGCCAAACUUCCCUGAUAAUUUUUUGAGCUCUUUCAAUAUUUAAAAAUUCGUACUAGGUAUAGGCAAUUCUUUAUAUGUAAGUUUAUUUUUAUAUUAUUUUUGAAAAUAUAAAUCUUCUAAAGAAUGCGUCAUCAGUGAUAAAUCGUUUACAAGCCUUUCUUAGAAAGUGAGACUAUGCAAUUUGUUUUUAUAGGAAUCAAUGUUCGUAUAACAAUUUUAUCUUCUUC